AUGAACUUGUACGUUUCACGACUUUCCCGCUCUUGGGGAACCUCGAUCUCGUCCUGUGAAACGUUGACAAAGGUGGCCGAAAAGAUAGUGCGAUCUAUCGAAUUCGAGGAAGAUGAUGAUUGGGACGUUACUGGGCUAGAUAACGCCGUUACUGAUAUUGUGCGCUUGCUGCUGGUCCUAGAAGCCCCUCGUCCUGGAAAAGCAACGCCACUUCUGUAG